AUGACCGACUCACAAUCAGACGACUUUUUAUUGAUGGACGUCGUAGAACCAAUAGAAGAGUUAAUGGCCCUGAGGGCUGAGAACAAAAAGCUAAAAAAAAUUGUUGCUCAGUCCUCAGGGCCACCGCAAGCCGUGGAAACGGCCAUCCCAGCGGCAACGCAACCGCCCAUCCCAGGGCCAUCGCAACCGCCCGACCCAGAACCAGCGGCAACUCAACCGCCCAUCCCAGGGCCAUCGCAACCGCCCGCCCCAGAACCAGCGGCAACUCAACCGCCCAUUCCAGGGCCAUCGCAACCGCCCGCCCCAGAACCAGCGGCAACUCAACCGCCCGCCCCAGGACCAGCGGCAACGCAAUCGCCCGCACAGGGACCAGCGGCGGUGCAGCCGCUUGCUGUUCUACAAGAAAAACCCCAGUGCUCGGAAUUAGUUGCACAUUUCGGACCGAUUUCUGAGGCGACGCCUACUGUCUCCCCACUGAGCCGCCAAUUGUUCACGCUGUGCCUCAGGAGCUAG